GGCAAGUGUGUGUGGGCAAGAGCGCAGCUGUGUGCUAAUGUAGUAGCAUGUCGCCAAAUAUAUAUGUAAAAAAAAAAAAAAGCGACUUUUAUAAUUCGAAACUUAAUGCUUUUCAGCGUUUGUGAACAGUCGCCAUAAACUAGGUACAGUGCAUUGCUUUAGCUCAUUACCCUUCAUAUAAUUGUCUUCAUUCAGUGAUCUCGGACUGAUUGCAACCACACGCGUUUGCCCGGUACCGUAAACAUGACUGAGAGGGAGGAACGGCGCUUCGCCGAGGUGCCCCGAGAGUCCAUUAAACUGAUGGCCGAGAGCACCGGGGUGGAGCUCAGCGAAGAGGUCGCAGCUCUGCUGGCCGAGGAUGUGUGCUACCGUCUCAGAGAAGCAACACAGAAUAGUUCACAGUUCAUGAGACAUGCAAAGAGAAGGAAGUUGAGCGUGGAAGACUUCAAUAGAGCACUACGAUGGAGUAAUACUGAGACCAUUUGUGGCCAUGGUGCGCAAGAUGCCUUAUCAUUCCGUCCAUUGAAGGAAGGAGAACUUUUCUUUGUAGAAGAUCGGGAGAUAAACCUAGUGGAGUUGGCCCUUGCUACCAACAUCCCUAAAGGCUGUGCAGAGACGAUGGUUCGAGUGAAUGUAUCAUACCUUGAUGGUAAGGGCAAUCUAGAACCUCAAGGAACAGUGCCCACUGCUGUUCAGUCACUAUCAGAUGAUCUGCUGAAGUAUUACCAACAAAUAACCCGAGCCAUUUUAGGAGAGGACCCACAUCUCAUGAAGGUGGCUUUGUUAGACCUUCAGUCCAAUUCGAAGAUUGCUGCACUCUUGCCUUAUUUUGUUUAUGUCAUCAGUGGGGUCAAGUCAGUAAGUCAUGAUCUAGACCAAUUAAACAGACUCCUACACAUGGUGAAGAGUUUGGUGCAGAACCCGUACUUGUACCUGGGCUCUUAUGUACGCAGUCUGGUGUCCAGUGUCAUGUACUGCAUCCUGGAGCCGCUGGCUGCCUCCAUCAACCCUCUCAAUGACCACUGGACCCUGAGAGACUACGCAGCCCUGCUGCUCAGCCACAUCUUCUGGACACAUGGUGAUCUCGUGAGUGGGCUGUACCAUCAGAUCCUUCUGUCUCUGCAGAAAGUUCUCUCUGAUCCAGUUAGGCCUCUGUGUUCCCACUAUGGAGCUGUGGUGGGCCUGCAUGCUCUCGGCUGGAAAGCUGUUGAACGCGUGUUGUAUCCUCACCUCCCUGCCUACUGGGCGAAUCUACAAGCUGUGUUAGAUGAUUACUCUGUGUCCAAUGCUCAGGUGAAAGCUGAUGGCCACAAAGUAUAUGGAGCCAUUCUGGUGGCUGUAGAGCGUUUGUUGAAGAUGAAGGCACUUAGUCUGACCUUGGCAGCUGAAGGAGGCAUUGCAGCUCAACAGGGCUCUGUUGCAGGGGCAGUGGGUUUCAGAGAAAGCUCACCUGGUCUUAGCCCCCCUCCAGAACCCCUCUCUGAACCCCCUCUUGGCAUUGCAAGUCAUCUACAAGCUGGUGGAGCUGGUUGCCCAUGGGAAGAGUGGACCCCUGUCUCUCUUCCUGCUAUGUACUGUGAGCUGUACUCCUUUUUCGGAGACAGUCUGGCUGUACGUUUCAGCACUGACCCACCACUAGGAGGCGCUCCACCUGCAGGUCCUUGCCCUCCCCUAGAUGGCAGAAAGGAGCCAGCGAGUGGUGCCGCCAAUCUGGAGAGCACACGCAAGAUGCCCCAACUCACUGCCAGCAUGAACAUCAGCCCACGGCAAGAUGGAAGCCCACGCACAGAACCGCAACCACCAAGUCUGGCUGCUACUGGCCCAGGGAGAUCCCUUGCCCGCUCUUCCUCCUCCUCAGUCUCACGUUCCAGAUCCUCUUCAUCACGUCCAGGCCGUUCAUCCAGCCAGACCCGAGACAUUUUCCCCAAAACCCGAUUCCAGCCUCCUCAGGCUGGUCCUCCAGCUUUCUCUUUCAUUAUUGGUGGACGGCAGAUGGGCCGCCGCUGCCAGGGAAGACGCUUCCAGACAAGCUUUACUCCAACUCCACCUCUUACUUCCCUCCCACCGCGUACCUACGCCCACAAACUACCAGUCAUAGGGAGGGUCAGCAAACCUGUGCGCCGCUGGACGUGUUCCCAUUAUUCUCUUCACCUGCCACUUUAAAACACCAAAAUACAUUAAGUUGACCCCAUUGACAUGCCACUCUUAAAGGGAUAGUUUAUUCAAACAUGAAAAUUCUCUUAUAAUUUACUCCCCCUCAUGUCCUCCCAGACGUGUAUGACUUUCUUCUUCUGCAGAACACAAA